AUGUCACGGCAGGAGGAGCAGGAGGAGCACGAGGAUGAGGGGGCGUCUGAGCCGCUUGCUACGAUAAACCAAGCACUAAAUGGCCGUAAUCGCCUGCUCAGCUUCAAGGAGCAUGAGCCAGAUGCCAACUCCAUGGAGCUCACGUUACUCAUGCGCAUGGAAAGAAGCCUUCAGCAGCAGGCAGAGCUUAAUAGAAGUCAAGGGACAUUAAAUAGCUGGUUUAAAUACUGUGUGAGGUAG